AUGAUCGUUGGAGUGGCCGUGGUCAGCCCCCAGGUGAUCUGGCGCGAGCCCGGCCGGUAUGUCACAAACACCCGCCACCGCCUCUUCUUGGUGGUGGACGACGAAACAAUGCGUGAUGAGGACCUCCGAUUGAUCUUCCAGAAGCUGCAUGCUGCCCUGGCAGAUGCCCUCUCCAAUCCUUUCUACACCACGCAAACGACGAUCAAGUCAGUGUCUUUUGCAGCUGCCGUGCAUGCCAUCAUGGAAGGAACUGGCGUCUGA